GUGGCGGGAGACCCCCACGAGCCCUAGCCGGUGUUCUUCGUGCCCCGCCAUGGGCGACGCGCAUCAGUUCAACAACAUCCUCCUCGGAGGCCGCGGUGGAGCGAAUCCCGGGCAGCUCAAGAUCAGCUCCAAAGGCUUCUCCUGGCGGAAAUCCGGCGGAGGCAAAGUGGUAGAUGUGGCCAAGGACGAUGUCAAGAGCGUGAGUUGGACGAGGGUUUCUAGGAGCUACCAGAUGAGCAUUAGGCUCAAGGCCGGCUCCAAUGUGAAGUUUACUGGGUUUCGCGAGCAGGACGUUUCUAGCUUGAACACCUUCAUAACCUCGAAUAUUGGAGUUACUCCUCAGGAUAAGCCUUUGGCUGUGAGUGGACGUAACUGGGGAGAAGCUGAACUGGAAGGAAACACUCUAUCGUUCGUCGUCGGAGGAAAGCCGGCGUUUGAGAUAUGCGUUGCCGAUAUCUCCAACACACAAGUGCAGGGAAAGAAUGACGUUCAGAUGGAGUUUCAUGUGGAUGACACAGCCAAUGAGAAAGACACUUUGAUGGAGAUGAGUUUUCACGUUCCAAGUACUAAUACCACGUUUGUUGGUGACGAGGAACGUGCAUCUGCGCAGGUCUUUUGCGAUAAGAUUCUUUCGAUGGCGGAUGUUGGUCCAGCUGGUGGAGAAGCCGUCGCGGCAUUUGAAACUGUCAAUGUUCUCACUCCAAGGGGUCGAUACCUCGUGGAGCUGCACUUGUCAUUCUUGCGGCUUUUCGGAGCAAGUGACUUCAAGAUCCAAUACACCAGUGUUGCUCGUCUGUUUGUUCUUCCAAGGUCUGCUCAAUCUUCCACAUAUGUUGUGAUUACACUGGACCCUCCCAUCCGCAAAGGUCAGACGUUCUAUCCGCACAUAGUUUUUCAGUAUCCGUCUGAGGAGAUAACGGAGCUUACGCCCUUGAUCAGUGACGAGCUGUUAAAUACCAAGUAUAAAGACAGGCUGGCACCUCAAUAUAAGGGGCUGUCAUAUGAAGUUUUUGUGGAGAUUCUGAGGGGACUUUCGGGCGCUGGAAUCACUAAACCUGGUACCAAGUUCCGCAGUAGUCAAGAAGGCUACGCAGUUCGGGCAGCCUUGAAAGCGGAAGAAGGCCUUCUUUAUCCUCUGGAGAAGAGCUUUUUCUUUUUGCCUAAGCCACCGACACUUAUAGUUUAUGAAGAAAUAGAUUACGUGGAGUUUGAAAGACAUGGAGCCGCAGGAACGAGCAGUAUGUCAUCCAAGAACUUUGAUUUGAUAUUACGUUUAAAAACUGAUCAAGAACAUCUGUUUCGUAACAUCUCGCGAAACGAAUAUCACAGUCUUUUCAAAUUUAUCAGUGAGAAGGGCUUGAAAAUUUUGAACUUCCAAACACAAGGAUCAAGUGCUGUUGCGGAGGCGCUUCAAGGUUCUGAUGACGAAGGUGUCGAUCCGCAUCUUGAACGGAUAAGAAUAGCGCGUGCAACGGGAGACGAGGGAGAUAGUGACGAAGAGGACGAAGACUUUGUCGCCGAUAAGGAUGAUGAAGGAUCUCCGACAGAUGAUUCCGGUGAAGAGGAAGAACCCGAUGCAAGUGACAGUGGUGGGGAGCAGCAAGAUGAGAGACCUGUCAAAAAGGAUAAGAAGAAAGUCGAAGCGUCUCAAAAGCCAGCAGCGACCAAAAAGAAAAAGAAAGAUGAAGAAGGUGACGGGGACAAGAAGAAGAAGAGACGAAAAAAGGAUCCUAACGCUCCUAAAAGAGCGCUUAGUGGCUUCAUGUACUUUUCACUGGCAGAGAGAGAGAAUCUAAAGAAAAGCACACCAGGGAUUUCUUUCAAGGAUGUGGCGAAAACGCUUGGCGAGCGUUGGAAGGCGAUGAGCAAGGAUGAGAAAGAGCCAUUCGAAUCUCAGGCUCGUGUUGACAAGGAACGGUACACCAAGCAAAUGCAGGGGUACAACAAGGGUAACGCUGGUGGCUCGACUGCCGAUGACGAAAGCUCCGACUGGAUAUUUGCUAGGAAAUAUGAAAAGAGAAGCGCUCCAGUUGCCAAAAAUCCUAUCCACCAGGCUUGCUCAGGGAUCCCACUGAAGAACACUCGCUCGCACACUGCCACGAGUCGUCUAGUAGUACCGGAGGAACGGCGGCUGUGCAAGAGCGUGAGCGAGAAUGCUGCUGGUACCUGGAAUCACCGGAGGAAAAAACACUGGAUCACGACCGAGGAGGACAGCUCCAACACUCACGGAGGCCGGGUACGAGACUUUGAUCUCAUAGUCGUGAGCAGGAUCCAGGCCUCGGACUUGAUACACGGCGCUACCCAUCGCCGCCAGGGGUUAGGGUUUCGCCAUGCGGAACCUGUGUCGCGGCCAUGGGCGGUACCGGCUCUGGGGCAUGGGCGUGAAGCUGCGACGGCCAGGGGCGAUUGGAGGCCGGUAUGUGUAGAUCUGCCACCAGCUGAGCGAAUUCCAGGACAGGUUUCUCUUGCUCGUCAAGAUGAUUGCCGGGAGAGCUCAGGAAUCCAGUGGGGCAAUUGUAUUGGUUCUGCUACCUGUGCUGGCCGUGGAGGAUGGUGUAUAAAUUCUAGGGGGGAGUGGCUGGAAUUGCUUGGUGGUGGCGUGGCCAUGGAAGACAAGAGGCAGUACCCGGCAUUGGCCAGUGACUAUCAGCUUCUCGAGGAGGUAGGGCAGGGAGUGAGCGCCACGGUCUAUCGCGCGAUGUGCAUCAGCUUCAAAGAGAUUGUGGCCAUCAAGAGCCUCGACUUGGAGAAAUGUAGUUCCAAUCUGGAUGAAAUCCGGAAAGAGGCCAAGACCAUGAGCCUGAUAAACCAUCCAAAUGUCGUGAGAGCGUACUGCUCGUUCGUGGUGGAGCACAGCCUCUGGGUGGUCAUGCCUUACAUGGCUGGCGGCUCGUGCCUUCACAUCAUGAAAGCAGCGUACCCGGAUGGCUUUGAGGAGGCUGUCAUCGCGACGGUCUUGAAGGACACUCUAAAAGCUCUCGAGUACUUGCAUCGUCACGGGCAUAUUCACCGUGACGUGAAGGCAGGGAAUAUAUUGAUCGACAGCAAUGGCGCCAUAAAACUAGGGGACUUUGGUGUUUCGGCCUGCCUUUUCGAUACCGGGGAUCGUCAACGAUCCCGAAAUACGUUUGUGGGGACCCCUUGUUGGAUGGCUCCAGAAGUCAUGGAGCAGAUACACGGUUAUGAUUUUAAGGCUGAUAUCUGGUCCUUCGGGAUCACUGCGUUGGAGUUGGCUCACGGGCAUGCACCGUUUUCGAAAUAUCCUCCGAUGAAGGUUUUACUAAUGACGCUGCAAAAUGCGCCUCCUGGUCUUGAUUAUGAACGUGAUCGACGUUUUUCUAAGUCUUUCAAGGAGAUGAUUGCAAUGUGCUUGGUGAAAGAUCCAACUAAACGGCCUACUGCGGAGAAGCUGUUGAAGCACUCGUUUUUUAAAGGUGCAAAGUCUACUGAAUAUUUGGUUCGGCAUGUGUUGGAAGGACUACCUCCAUUAUGGGAACGAGUGAGAACUCUCAAGAUAAAUGACGCUGCUCGACUUGCGCAAAAGAAAAUUCCAUAUGGCGAGCAGGAAGAACAAUCACAGAAAGAGUAUAAACGAGGUGUGAGCAGCUGGAAUUUUGAUGUCGAGGAUUUGAAGGCUCAGGCCGCGCUGAUUCAAGACGACGACGACGUGUAUCCUGAAAAGAACGAUGAAAAUUCUUCUUUUUUCAAAGAAAGCCCCGAGAUUGUUGAACUGCCUGAUCACGAACGCGCUCAAUCACCACCAUCCAAACCCGAAAGUGCAACCGAUGCUGCCGAUCGUUCAACAGCUCGGGGACGGUUAAUCAUUCCUUCAAAGUUUAAUGGGAAGCAAGGGCUAGCCGCUGGGAGAAAGGAACCCAAGCACAUUGGGCGAUUCGACGUUUUCGAAGAUGACCUGGAAAUGGAGAGCCCUGGAUGGCAUGAAGGCAUGAAGGUGAAGGUGGACGAAAGCGAGUCACGGAGGGAAGAGAAAGAGUCACGCAAGAUCGACGAGAAGGAUGACAAAGAGAGAAGGCGACUCGAUGGUGAAGAACAUCGGAAGUCUGCUAGCGGUCCUUUGCUACCUGAUCGCGUUCUUGCGUGUUUUCGAGAAGAAAAAGAAAGGUUGUCCGUCCGUGGUAUUGAUGAUCUAGUGCGAACCCGCUCAUCAUUCAGUGGGCCUUUGCCUUGUGGAUUUGCAAAUGGUUCUCCAGGACCUUCAAGAGCUUCAGCAGGUAGCAAAGAGGCCUCAGAGGAAAAAUCAAAGGGAACGCUUGUGAAAGGCAGAUUUCGGGUGACAUCAGGGGAUACUGGUGUUGUGGAGGAUCACUCCAGCAAUCGGAGGAUAGCAAGUAUGCAGCAAUUUCCAACGUCAUCGUCCCAACCUGUGGUCGCAAAUGGAGUUGCAAGCAUUCCUGUGGCUGCUAUUAUGCCUCAACUCCAAACUCUUCUUCAUCAAAACGCUACACAACAGGACAUUUUGAUGAGUCUUUUGAGUACUGUAAAUCCAGGAGAGGUCCCGGCCGCUGCACGGAUGAUGUUUACAAAUCAACGAAACUUCUACCGUGGUGACGAUAUGGCCGACCCUCCUACAGAAAAAGAGCGCGAACUGCUUCAGCAACUCAACGAUUUGCAAUCUAGAGUGGGAUUAUUGGCGGAAGAAUUGCAGAUUGUAAAAUUACGGAAUGUACAGCUAGAACGCCAAUUGAACGCUAUAUUUAAUAAGGAGGAGGAGGAAAGAAUACGUAGGGAGGAGGCAGCGAAGGAUGAUGGAUAGAGUGGAGAUGCUUGUUGUGUUCCGUUUGAUUGGAAAACUUCUCUGGUGGCUUAACAAUGGGUGAGUUGCUAUUCGACUCACGCUGGUUAGGACAUCUUUCGCAGGUGAGAACCUGGUUGUGAAUAUUAUAAACCUGUGUACAAGCGAGGCGAAAAAGAUAUUUGUGGAAAUUUGAGUUGUCCACGAAUGAUAAAGAGUUCGGAGCAGGAAAGAAAGAAUGUCUUCAGUUUCGCUCAUUCAUUUAUUAGAAAAAAUUAAUUCUAGUUUGCGAUUAAUCAU